AUUGACUCCGCCCAUAGAACUUCCUGCCUGGCGGCUGGGAAUGCAGCGGUUUUGCUUCACAGUUAAGCACAAGCACAGGCUCAAACAGGCCCUCACAGAAACCUUGAACCCUCACCAAUUCCCGAAGAAGAAUCUGCUUGCCUCAACAUGGCCGCCCACAGAAACACUGAGGUGAGGAUCAUUCUGGUAGGAAAAACUGGGAGCGGAAAGAGCGCCACAGCGAACACCAUCCUUGGGAGACGUGAAUUCGAGUCUAAGGCUUCUGCCCAUGCUGUUACCAAGACCUGCCAGAAGGCAUCCAGGGAAUGGAAGGGAAAAAACCUUGUUGUGGUUGACACCCCUGGGCUCUUUGACACCAAGGAGACCAUGAAAACCACAUGUACAGAAAUCAGCAAGUGUGUCCUCUACUCCUGCCCUGGGCCUCACGCCAUCAUCCUGGUUCUGCAGCUGGGCCGCUUCACGGAGGAAGAGCAGAAUACGGUUUCCCUGAUCAAGAGUCUUUUUGGGGAGGCGGCCAUGAAGUACAUGAUAGUCUUGUUUACUCGCAAAGAUGACCUUGAGGACAAGAGCCUGGAUGACUUUUUAGGCGAGUCAAAUGACAAGCUAAAUAAUGUCAUCGCACAGUGUGGGAAACGCUACCUGGCCUUUAAUAACAAAGCGAGAGAGGCAGAGCGAGGAGAGCAAGUAGAACAGCUGGUAGGGCUGAUAGAGCAAAUGGUGGACAGGAACGGGGGCUCUUACUUCUCUGAAAAGAUCUACGGGGACAUAGACAGAAGGCUGAGACACUGUCUAAGGGAACUGGAGGAAACUUACGCUCGGGAACUCAAUGAUGAAAUCGAAAGAAUAGAAAGGGAAUGUGCUCAUAAAUCAGAAAAAGAAAAGAAGGCACGUAUUGAUUCUGCAAAGAGAAAUUAUGAUGAGAAAAUGAAAAAUCUAAAGGAAAAGGCUGAAGAGAACACAUUUGAGUAUAUCUUCAAGAAGAUAUGUGGACUGCUCUCAAAAUUUUGGGACAAGUUGAGAUGGUGAUGUAAAUGUCAUUCUUUUAUAUUAAUGACAUUUGUUCUUUGACAAUUUCAUACAUACAUGCAUAUAAUGUGUUUGAAUUGAAUUCAUGUCUUUUUGUUUUGGUAUGUUUUUUGCUUUGUGAUCCACUGAGUUUAACUAGUUUCGUGUGGGUGACAACAGGGUUCAAACAAUCUAUCAGAGCCUGGUGGGCUGAUGAGGAGGACACAGUGGAAGACAAGGACUCUUUCUCCUCCAGAAUCCCUCAGCAGUUACCAGCUCAGCAGGGUGGGCAGGUUCUUAGGAGCUCCUCCCCUGCCCAGGUCCAUAUCUGCUGUGAGCUCCUGAGGGCAGUGUCUGCUUCCUGAACAAACACGCACACGCGCACACGUGCACACGCUCACACGCUCAAGAUUAAGUCACUAGGAAAGCUGUCUGGAAGCUCUGCAGAGGCCUCAGAGUUUUGCUACAGGUGGCAGAGCAGGCACAGAUGGCUGCGGAAUGAACCCUUAAGUGCUGGGAUGUCCUAGGCUUCUGUGAGAUGUUCUCAUCUUUUGAAAACCUUCUCACCAUCUUCCUGGGAGAUGAAGUGCAGUUCUCUGGAUUAGGGGGAAGGAGGAGACGAUAGGUCCCACUGUUUCCACACACCCCAACUUCAUCCUCUAGUAGCCUGGUUCUUUAUAGCUGGCGUUUCUGAACUUUAGCUGAGUUUUGUGCUUCAGUCUGUCGCCACCACCUCUAGGCUUUCUGGGCUUGUGCGGGAUGUCCGUGCUCUGCCCAGUGAACUCACACCUUCCCCUCUUCCGGGUAUUUGUCAAGUAUCUCAUCACUGCUAGCGCUCUUACUUUUAUACCCUUGAUAGCCCUGCGAUCCCUUUAGUAAGCGUGUUAGAUGUGAGGCUGCCCGUGAUGUAUACAACACUGCCAUGGUCUAGGUGCUAGACCACAGUGUUAUGGUGUGAUUGACUUUCCGUAAGCCAACCUAUCUUGACUUUGAAAUCUCUGAUGCGUUGUUAAAUGGAAAUAGAACAGAGCAGAACAAAAUGCACAACAGACUUUCAUGUAGUUACACAGACCCACUCGAGGCCAUUCUGUAUUCUCAGGGGUAUUUUAAAUAACUAUGGGUUCAACAUAACUAAUAAUAAAAAUUAUUUUGAUUUUUUUGUUUUUA